AUGAUUGUUGCGCUCAAGUCUGAGAUGAUAGUUUACCGGCCGUCUUCACGCGCUGAAUAUGGAUCACGUUCUGCCGGUGGUGUUCUAUUUUGCGUGGAAACGGGCAGAUUAUACCAGCGAAAACCAAAAUAUGAAGAUCUCGACGUUUGCUUUACCCGUAGUGUACGCGGCAACAACUUGCUAACCAUUAACGGCAAACCAUAUACAUUAAAUCGACGUAUAAAAGAUGUGUGUUAUUGGGAAUGUGUGAAACUGCGUUGCAAGUACACCAAAUGCACAGCACGCGUUAUCACAAAAUAUGAUCAGAUUGCGUCGUUGCGUGGCGAUCACAACCACUUAUAAAAUUAUAAUAAAAUAUGCUCACUCAAAUAAAUACGAACAUAGAUUAUAUUAAUGUAUGUACAUGUAAGCUUAAA